GAUAGAUCCCAAAUCUGUAUUGAUAUUGCGAUGACGUAAGGCUUGUGUAAUACAUAAGCCUAAUACUAGCGUCAAAUAAUUCAUUUCAAACACAGACAUCAUGCAGGUCGUUUGUAUAUUGCUGUUUCGGAUCGGAUCGGAUUGAUCGAAGAUAGAAGUUGAACCUCGCGGAUUAAGAGCAGUGCAAACACAGAAAUUGGAUUUAGCACAGAGAAAAAAAAAACGACAGCCAUGACGUACCAAUGUGAGGUGUGUAAUGUCACUUUCUCCAAACUGAGUCAGCUACUACAACACAGACGGACCGAGAAUCACUGGCCAAAAUUUACAUGCCCAAGCUGCAAGAAAAGUUUCACCAGAAAAAAUAACUUGAAACAACACAUGAAGAAACAUGAAGACGAAAAUAAUCAUCACUGUCCAGAGUGUCUUCGUGUAUUUACAAGAAGAGAUGCCCUCGAUGAGCAUUUUAAACAACACGAAAACCAAAGCGGCGGAGGAAGAAAGAGAAGUAGUGGUGAUGACGCAGAUUCCAAUGCCACCAAUAAAAAACAAAAGUUAUCAGCAAAGGACGAUGUGAAGGAUUACUAUCGUGUGGAUAAAAUCAGUGAAAGAAGAAUAGAAAAAUUCAACUCGACGGCAUCAUAUUACAAAAUAUCAGUGAAAGAUAUGGAGAUCAGAGAACUACCAAAUAUUAUCAAGACUUUAAAACAAAUUUUCCAAUCAAUUAUUGACACUAUUGCAGGCAACAUACCAUCGUCCGACAGAGUGAGAGUUACAAUGGAUAACCCCCAAUUGGACUUUCCCAUUGUCCUUCGAUUUAUGAAAAGGUCUGAACUUACAGUGGAUCGACUUUUGUCAGAAAUAGAAAGGGGUGCUUCAGUCGUAUGAACAGUUUGUGCUUGAUGAAACAUUUGGGUUGGAGUUUGUGCAUGUGCAUUUACCCAAUGGAAGUGGAACUCGUGGGAAACCAUUUGUGGACAUAUCAAAGUUGUUAAACAAUAAAGCAAGUGUCCUUCAAAUUAGAAAUACAGACGAGCUUUGCUGUGCACGCGCCAUAGUUACAGCGAUUGCACGUAUAGAAAAACACCCGCAAUGGAAUAAUAUACGUCUAGGCCAUCAUGCGCAAAAACAACUGGCACUGAACUUACACGACAAAGCCGGUGUACCUCUACAACGCUGUGGUAUUGAUGAAGUAAAAUUGUUUCAAUCAGCUCUUCCGGAUUAUAAAAUCGUCGUUUUAUCAAAGGACCAUUUCAAUGCUAUAAUCUAUGAAGGGCAGGAAGACGGCAUACCUAUAUACCUGUACUCACACAAUGAACACUUUGAUGUCAUUACAUCAGUCGCAGGGUUUUUGAAUAGAAGUUACUUCUGCCUGAAAUGUAAAAAGGGAUACAGUAACAAAGAGCAACAUGCCUGCAACAAUCCUUGCGUUCACUGCCAUCGUAUACACGAUGACGACUCUUUUAAUUGGGAACAUUGUAUUGACUGCAAUCGAAAUUUUAUGAAUGAAACAUGUUUUGCAAUGCACAAACAAAACCACGAUGUUGGAACUUCUACCUGCAGUAUGUAUUACAAAUGUAAGGACUGCGGACAAGCCAUAAAUGUGCGAAAACAUAAAAAGGCUCAUGUGUGCAAUGAAAAAUAUUGUAAAACAUGUAAGGAAUUCGUAGAAGAGGAUCACCAGUGUUUUAUGCAGCCAACCGAGGAAAGUGAAUCUGAGAGGGAAACUGUUAAAAAGAAAACAAACGAUACAAAAUAUAUAUUUUUCGACUUCGAGUGCACACAAGAUCAGCAGCUUCAAUGCGAAAAUGGAUAUCUAUCUGGGGUGCAUGGGAAGUGUGUAAACUGUAAUAAAGCCACUUGUGGUUCCUAUAAACAUCAACCGAACCUAUGUGUCGCGCAAAGAGUAUGUCGUCAUUGCCUGAAGAACGACUUGUCAAGCGAAUCGGAGUGUGAAUAUUGCGGAAGAAAUGAAUUGAUUUUCAAAGGCGAACAGACCACUCAGCAGUUUUGCAAAUGGCUAUUUUCUGAAGAAAAUGUUGGGGCCACCGUUAUUUGUCAUAAUUUCAAAGGCUAUGACAGUUAUCCAAUUCUACAAUAUCUGCAUGAAAAUGCCAUAUUACCAGAGGUCAUAACAAACGGAACGAAAUUUAUGUCAAUAAAAGUUCCCGUGUGCAAGAUGCGCUUCAUUGACUCCAUAAACUUUAUACCAAUGGCGUUGGCUGAUAUGCCCAAAGCGUUUGGUAUUGCAGAAUUAUCAAAGGGCUAUUUUCCACAUCUAUACAAUCGACAGGAAAAUCAAACCCAGACACUUACAAGUUUACCGGAUAGUAAGUACUACUACCCAGAUGGUAUGAAAAUAGACAAAAGAUUGGAGUUCAUAGCAUGGUAUGACAUUCACAAAAACGAUGCGUUUGAUUUUCAGUAUGAAUUGUUAAAAUACUGCCGAUCAGAUGUAGACAUAUUGAGAAAAUGCUGCCUAAAGUUUCGCGAGUUGUUUCAGGACAUUACACAUAAGAAUGAUAUUCCUGGCAUAGAUCCGUUUGAAAAAUGUUUGACCAUCGCCUCGGCAUGUAAUUUGGUAUUCAGGCGAAAUUUUCUAGAGCACGAAAGUAUUGGUAUUAUUCCAUCUCACGGGUACAGACCAGAGGAAAAACAAUCGGUUAUGGCAUAUCAAUGGAUGGCGUACCUAGCGCACGAAAAGCAGAUUAACAUCCAACAUGGGAGAAACAACGGAGAGAAACACAUUGGACCAUACAAAGUAGAUGGAUAUUACGAACGCGACGGCGAAAAAGUGGUAUUAGAAUUCCACGGCUGUUUUUGGCACGGUUGUUCUAAAUGUUUUUCAUCAAAAACAGUAAAUCCUGUUAAUGACAUGAGUAUGGGCGAUUUGAAUGCAAGAACCAUUGAGAAAAAAGAGUUUAUAGAAUCUGAGGGCUAUUCAUACAACGCUAAAUGGGAAUGUGACUUCAAAAAUGAUAUGGAGGUCAACCUGGACAUGAAACAAUACAUACAAAAACUUGAAUUUGUUGGCCCGCUUGAACCACGAGAUGCCUUCUUUGGGGGCCGCACAGAAGGGUUCAAAUUGUAUGAAGAAGCUUCAAGUGAACAAGAAAUAAACUAUUAUGACGUGACAUCAUUGUAUCCGUAUGUUAACAAAACUAGGAAAAUACCCUUGGGACAUCCCGAAAUAGUCACAGAAAAUUUCCAAGACAUAACCCAUUACGAAGGACUGAUCAAGUGUAAAAUCUUACCUCCUCGCGGACUCUACUUACCUGUUUUGCCCGUGAAAUCGAAUGGAAAACUGCUUUUCAGUUUAUGCAGAUCAUGCGCAGACCAAUAUCAGCAGUCGCCGUGUCAGCAUACUGAUAGUGAAAGAGCUUUCCUGGGGACUUGGGUAACAGACGAGGUAAAACUGGCCAUGUCGCAGGGUUACAAAAUUGUGGAAAUAUACGAAGUUUGGCAUUUUAAAGAUAUUUCACAAUAUGACCCAGACUCCAAAUGUGGCGGUAUAUUUACUGAAUACGUUAAUACCUUCCUGAAACUCAAACAGGAAGCAAGUGGGUGGCCGGAAUGGUGCCAAGCAGAAGAAGACGAGCAAAGAUAUAUAAAACAAUAUUUUGAAAGGGAAGGGAUCUGGCUUGAUUAUGACAAAAUACAACGAAACCCCGGGUUAAGGUCACUGGCAAAACUCAUGUUGAAUUCAUUCUGGGGGAAAUUCGGUCAAAGGUCAAAUUUAACCCGAACGACGUAUACUGACGACCCUUCCGUCUUUAUGGAUAUGAUGACAUCGGAUCAACAAGAAGUGAAAAACGUCCGAUUCGUCAAUGAAGAGGCAGUACAAUUAGAUUGGGUUCACGGGAAUGAUUUUGUAGACGAUUCCUCUCGGACAAACGUAGUGAUAGCUGCAUAUACAACAGCACAGGCCCGUCUAAAACUUUACAGCUACCUACAGCGCCUGGGUCAACGCUGUCUUUAUUGUGACACGGAUUCAAUAAUUUUUAUUUCAAGACCUGGACAGUGGAGGCCAUCCCUUGGGGAUCAUCUCGGGGAUAUGACUGACGAGGUUUCGGGGAAUAAAAUUACGAAUUUUGUCACCGGCGGUCCCAAAAAUUAUGCUUACAAAACAGAAAGCUGUGAUAAAAACGGUUACUUUUCAAUUUGCAAAGUGAAAGGGAUCACGCUUAAUUUCAAAAACACCCUCAAAAUCAAUUACGAUAUGGUAGUAGAUAUGGUUAGGGGAUCAUCGGCAAGUUCAUCUGUUCAAGUUCAAGACAUGAAAAUAUGCAGGGACAUCACACAAACUAAUAUUAUUACAAGACAAGAAACCAAAGACUAUAGAAUUGUGUUUGACAAAAGGGUUAUCCAUGAGAAUUACCUCACCUACCCUUAUGGUUACUAAUGCGCUGUUUUAGAAUGUCAUUUGUUUGUUGUAUACAACUUUGAUGUAAAAUAUAGUAUGACUUUUGUUUCACAUGUUCUUGUAUGUGACAUGUAAAUGGCCCUCUAAUGCUACCACUUCGUUUUGUUUAACCAAUGCACUGUUUUGAAUGAUAUUUAUUUGUUGUAUAUAACUUUGCUGUAAGACAGUUUAUGUAUUUUAUUUCUCAUGUACAUGUAUUGGAAUGUGACAUAAAUUAUUA